UUUCAGUUACUACGUACAGUAUCACUGUCAAAUUAUGCGGUGACUCAGUGUCAACCAGAUGAUUUGGUUCGUGUCCACAAGGUUUCUCUGCUCAGGACAGAUCCGAGUGAGAUUCGCACCUAGUCCCACUGGUCAUCUGCAUCUUGGAGGGCUGAGGACAGCGCUCUACAAUUACCUUUUCGCCCGUCAUCACAAAGGGGCUUUUAUACUGCGCAUAGAAGACACAGACAAGGCAAGGCUAGUUCCAGGAAGUGCAGAAGAAAUCGAGCGAGUCCUUACACAUUACGGGUUGCAUUACGAUGAGGGACCAAGCAAAGGAGGAACAUUUGGACCAUAUGUACAGUCAGAACGACUAUCUUCGUAUAAAGAGUCUGUAUCUCAGCUGAUUGAGUCAGGACAUGCAUAUCGCUGUUUUUGCUCUGAAGAACGUCUAGCUUUACUUCGCAAAGAUGCAGUUAGGAGAAGUGCCGCACCAAAGUACGACAUGAAAUGUCGCUCUAUCAGCGAAGAAGAAUCAAAAGCUCGUGCCUCCAAUGGUGAACCUUUUGUUGUUCGAUUCAAACUGGAUAGACAGAAUGUCAAUUUCCAAGACGAAGUCUUCGGCUCCAUCGAGCAAUGCAUAGAUGAAAGUGACAUGGUUUUGCUGAAGAGCGAUGGAUUUCCAACUUAUCAUCUUGCGAAUAUUGUCGAUGAUCAAGCCAUGCAAAUAUCCCAUGUUAUACGUGGUAUGGAAUGGUUAAGCAGUACAGGAAAGCAUGUCUUACUAUACAAGGCAUUUGGAUGGCAGCAUCCCAAAUUCCUACACCUGCCUCUGAUCAUGCGCGAUGGUAGAAAGAAGCUGUCAAAAAGGGAUAAAGAUGCAUUCGUUGACUAUUACGAGCGUGAUCUAGGAGCGCUUCCAGAAACUGUUCUGAAUUUACUGAUCCGCAAUGGCAGUGGCAUACGCGGUUUUGACACCGGUCGCUUAUAUUCGCUUACAGAAAUGACGGAACUCUUCGAUGAAAAGGAAGUUGGUAGACGGAAUUUGCAGUUGGACCAAGAAUGUUUGGAAAGAUAUGGGAAGAUGUCCAUACAAGCAGCUGAUAUUGAUGCAGUACUGCUUCCAGCCUUGAAAGAACAUAUAAAUCGUGACUCGGAUUUGAAGAAUUUGGGAUUUGAUGAUGACUAUUUGAGAAGGGUGCUACGGUUUCUAAAGCAAAAUGAAGAAAAAUUUGCUUUUUUAUCGAUGCUAACGAGGGGAGAAUUCAAAUGGCUUUUGAGCAAACCAUGUUCAGCAGCAAAAGUGCUAUCACUUUUCGAUCGCCAAAGAGCACUGGAAGCUUUGGAGUGCCUAGGAAAAUGUGAAUCGCUGGAAACUGGAGCGCUCAAAGAAAUGGCUCAGCGGUUGGAGUGGAUCUAUACUAAGCUUUUUACAUUAGUACGGGUGUCUCUCAUUGAUAGCACCAAAGGACCACCUAUCAAAGAACUGGUCUCGUUUUUUGGAAUGGAGGAAUGCAAAUGGCGAUUCAAACACAUGGCUGAGUAUGUCCGAUCUCAAGCAGAAUAUAACUCAGAUCAAGCUGCUUCAUAG